AUGUGUGAUUUCACGCCCUACGGCAUCCCGAGCAAGGAAUGGCUUGCGGCCGAGGCAAGUCUUCCGGCCCUCCCAGCUGACCUGUCUGUCCUUGAGCGCAAGAAGCUCGUCAACGACCAGCGCGAAGCUGUUGCUGCUGAAGCAAUGAAGACUCUGGAGCCGCACGUCCGGACGACGAAUCAUACUAUACCCACACGCGACGGCUCCAGUGUUGAAGCACGUAGCUACCGGCCGGCGAGUGUCGAUGCAAGUAAAUCCCUGCCCGUAUAUGUGCAUCUGCACGGUGGCGGGUUCUUGUUUGGCACGCUGUCGUCCGAGGACGCCACCUGCUCCCGCAUAGCCAUCAAUGCGCAGGUCGUUGUGCUCAACGUGAACUACCGGCACACGCCGGAGCACUCUUACCCGGCCGCCUGGGAUGACACACAUGAUGCUUUCGAGUGGCUGCACGACCACAUCGAUGUCCUCGGCGGCGAUGCGCACCAGGUAGUCAUUGGAGGCAUAUCUGCCGGAGCGCAGCUCGCCGCGUCUCUGACGUUGCAGAAGCACCUGGGCAAGGCCGCCGUCUCCCGGCCCGCCAUCGCGGGCCAGAUCCUGAUGAUACCGUGCUUGGUGAAUCCUGAAUGCUACGAGCCCCAGUUGAGGCAGAUCCAAAGCACAUCUCUGUCGUCAUACGAACAGAACAAGGACGCGCCGAUUCUACCGUUAUCAGUGGGUAAGCUUUUCACGAGCAUGUUGAAGAUCGAGAAUCCGCAGGCGGAUGACCUCAGAUUGAAUCCUGGCAAUGCGAGCCCAGAAGAUGUUCGCGGUCUACCUCCCACAGUGUUCGGUAUCACUGGCAUGGAUAUCCUCAGAGACGAGGGCUUGCUGUAUGCGAAAAUGCUCACGGAAGCUGGUGUCUCUACCGAUGUGCACAUAUUCCCAGGUCUCCCUCAUGGAUUUAGAAGGGUGGGAGACAAGGUCUCGGAGUCUGAACGGUGGGAUCAGGUUAUGGAGGGAGGGAUCGUGUGGGCGCUCUCCAAGCCCGUUCCUACACACAAGUUCGAGAUCAAAACUCUGUGA